AUGGUUUACAAAUGUUGUGUGCCAAGGUGUCGUGGGAAUUACGGAACUGGACCGAAAGUAAUGCUGUUUUCCUUUCCGAAAGAUGCGAAUCUGCGUUGGAAAUGGCUUUCAGCGAUUCAUCGGGACAAUUUCCAACCCACUGAGCACACGAAGGUUUGUGAACUUCAUUUCACCGAAUCUGACAUCUGCCGGCAUACGGAAUGUUAUGAUGAAGUGAAAGGCACAAAGCUUACUGUCAAGCUUUCAAGACCAAGGCUUAGAGAGGGUGCUGUCCCAUCAGUGUUACCAGGCUGCCCAAGCUAUUUGUCUACUCCAUCCACCAGCUCUCGAGAAAGUGCAGAGGAAAGGAGAGCUAGAUUGGACAAUGAACAUCUUCUACAAGCAAUUAAAGACAGUAUAGUAACCAAAACAGAGUAUGAUUCGAGGAAGUUAUUUUCUACUUUUGAAGCAUUUCUGCAGUGCCUAGAAAGAGAAACCAUUCCCAGUGAAUGGACCAUUGUUAGGAGAAGUGACUGUGUCCUAUUUCUAUUGCUUACUGUAUUGCCUGCUCCAUCUGUGUCUGUAUCUGUUGUAGUGACAAAUGAUUUGCAGUUGUCUGCCUAUCGAAGUAACACUGAGAUAAGAAAGAUAGGCAGUAGAAAAAUACCACACAAACUUUCAAAUAUGAAUGAUUUGUUUACAGUAUUAGACAAAGUGAAGGAAUUAGUCAGUGCAAAAGAAAAUUCAUUAAAAAGCCAGUGCCUUCUUAUACAGGACAUUUUAAAUGACAUGUGCAGUUCUGUAGAUGAAGAAAAACAGAAACAAAUUCAAUUCUUAAGAAAGUGA